AAGCACUGUGCUAUCUGCUGGCUAGCAGCAAAAAUGGGCAAAUGCCCAGAUAGCUCACAUGCUGGCUCCAGGAGGACAAGAAGGAAAUGCACGUUGCCUGAGUCCUUCUGUGCAGCUUCGCCUCUACCGGUCCCUGUGCGGACCGGGAUCCCGGCAUUCCAUCCAGCUUGGGGACACCCUGGGGGGAUGCGGCUCCCACUGGAAGCCCACCCCCUCCUCUUGUGGUGGUGCCAGUCACUGAGCAAGCCUCCGCUGUUGAUGAGGCUGAGGAGGGAGAAAGAACCGGCAGCUACCAACUGAUAGGAUAGUGCUGGGAAAUGGGGAGCCAGCCCCGCGGCCAACGCUAGGUGGGGUGCUUGCCCCCGCCCCCGCUCUUCUCCCUCAAAUAUUGUAAUAGGUUUCAGCACCAAGGACAGCGCCGGCCGCACUCUGCGCGCCCCUUCCCCAGCACGCCGCCACCGCCGCUCCGGCGCAGCCUCAUUUCCUGCCUUCCCUGCCGGCAGCCUCUGCGGGAUUCCAGCGCUCGCUUCCUUCGCUUGCAGCACCAGGGGCAGCGCCCUCCGGACGGCUUCCCGGGCCGGCAGGCGUCUUCCGUAGCCAGCUACUCCUGCCUCCCCUUCGGUCUCCCUGGCGCAGGAGCGGCGUAGAGCAGCCACGCUGGAACAACAUGGCAACCGAGGUCCACAAUCUCCAAGAACUACGGCGGAGUGCCUCAUUGGCCACGAAGGUCUUUGUGCAGCGAGAUUACAGCGAUGGGACCAUCUGCCAGUUCCAGACCAAAUUUCCCCCUGAGCUGGAUAGCAGGAUUGAGCGGCAUCUUUUUGAGGAAACUGUGAAGACCCUCAACAACUUCUACGCAGAGGCUGAGAAAAUUGGAGGCAGCUCCUAUCUGGAGGGGUGCCUUGCCUGUGCCACAGCCUACUUCAUCUUUCUUUGCAUGGAAACCCACUAUGAGAAGGUUUUGAAGAAGAUCUCCAAAUAUAUACAGGAGCAGAAUGAGAAGAUCUAUGCUCCCCGAGGGCUAUUGCUGACAGAUCCAGUUGAACGGGGCAUGCGGGUUAUUGAGAUCUCCAUCUAUGAGGACCGUUGCAGCAGUUCCAGCUCAGGCAGCUCCAGCAGUGCCAGCAGCAGUGCAGGGGGAGGGGGUGGUGGAGCAGGGGGUCGGUGACUGGCACAGAGUCCCGGCAGGGACCUGUACUGCCGGGACGAAGGUGUCUCUGAGAUCCGCCGUCUGCGCUAUCAGAGCACCCGCUUCUGAGCUCCCCCAGGAGGGUUAGGAUGCCAACAAGAAGUAUUGUGACACCCCUGGGGUUUGCAAUAACCCAUGAGGGCAAUGUCACUCCAAAGGGGAUGCUCAACCUCAGCCCAGGGGAGGAGAUUCUCUUGCAGAGCAGCCUGCUCCCUGUGCCAUAGGCUUUGGUACCCCUUGGCACUGACAUGUCCUGUGGCUCUUCCAAGAUGCCCAGAUGUCACUGCCUGUGGUCCUUUUCCACCAGCCAUCACCCUGCCUAACAGCGCCCAUUUGCAAAAGGUCAAAUGACAGCAAAGAAUCAAUCCAGCAAUAGUGAGUGGGCGGAGGGAGGGAGCUGGUGUAUUUCAGACCAUGUUACAGUCCUUUUCUCAAGCAGCAGCAUCAGUCGCUUCACUCCUGAGGUUACACAGACAUGCCAUCUUUGCUCCUGCCUUUGCCUCUCCUCUGCAUGUCGCCUCCCUGGCACUUUUGGCAGGCUAUAUGCUUAGAGCAUUUAAUGCCCACAGUGCUACUGUGCUGAUGUCACUGCAGGUGCUUGCACCCUUUCCCAUACUUAAGAGUUUGGGUGCCUGCAGUGGCCAAGGCAUGCUCUCUUUGAGCUGUUGAGAUAGCUUCUCUACUUAGGCAUGAUUAAACAGGCCCAAUGCAUGGGAUCCUUUUAGAGCAUUAGUAAGGCAGGGGAAGUCUAUGAAGGAGAUAUGGUGUACAUGUGCACAUGGUGUUUUGGCCUGCGGGACAGCAGCAUGGGUGUUUCUGGGCAUGGUAAACCUGUCCAAAUUUGGAAGACUGCACCACACACAGUGGCUCUGACCUGCUCUAACUGGUUUCAAUGCAUUAUGGGCUCAGGAACAGUAUUAUAACAUGGGACAUAUUCGAGGUGCUUUGGAUGUAGGGGGACUUUGGUUCAUUUACAUGCUCAGCCCAAUCCAGCCCAAGAGGUGGUGGUAUGUAUGUAAAUAUUUAUUGUGGCCCCAGCUACGAAAGUUCUACUUGUAUUUAUACCCUUGCACUGUUUUCUGUGAAACUGGAGGAAGAGAAAGGAGGAUGUAACUCUAUGGUCGGUAUAGGUAGGCUUUUUGCCCUGAACCUUUGACUUUGUUCUCCCCAACACACGGUGGUGUUUUGCAGUGUCACCUGAUCACUUGCAUGCACAGGUUGUUUUCUUGCUGCAUGUGUCCUGCUUCCUCCUGUAAAUAGCUAUCUGGGCCCCACAUACAUUUCAGACCCUCUGAAUUAUGGUGCUUUAGUGACACUUCUCUAACUCUCCUCAAUAUCAUUCUGUGCAGCAAGAUGGUCAGGUAGAGGGAGAAGACUGGACCAGGCUGUCCGAUGAGCAAAUAUCCAAAC